AUGUCCGAGGUUAAAGCCCAAGGCUUCGUCAAACCAACCCCCAUCCAGUCACAAGGCUGGCCCAUGGCUCUCUCUGGACGUGAUGUCGUCGGUAUCGCCGAGACCGGUUCCGGAAAGACUUUGACCUACUGUCUUCCUGCCAUCGUUCACAUUAAUGCCCAACCUCUUCUUGCCCCUGGCGACGGCCCUAUCGUUCUCGUCCUUGCACCAACACGUGAGUUGGCCGUCCAGAUUCAGGCUGAAAUCACUAAAUUCGGCAAAUCGUCCCGUAUCCGAAAUACCUGUGUUUACGGCGGUGUCCCCAGGGGCCCACAAAUCCGUGAUUUGACCCGGGGUGUCGAAGUUUGUAUUGCUACCCCCGGUCGUCUUAUCGAUAUGCUCGAGUCAGGGAGGACCAACCUUCGCAGAGUUACCUACCUCGUCCUCGAUGAGGCUGAUCGCAUGCUGGACAUGGGUUUCGAGCCCCAAAUCCGCAAAAUCAUCGGCCAGAUCCGUCCCGACCGACAGACUUGCAUGUGGUCUGCAACUUGGCCUAAAGACGUCCGCCAGCUUGCUAAUGACUUCCUUCAAGACUACAUCCAGGUGUAUAUCGGUUCGCAAGACCUUUCUGCUAACCAUAGGAUUACCCAAAUUGUCGAAGUGGUGUCGGAGUUCGAGAAGCGUGAUCGAAUGAUCAAACACUUGGAACGUAUCAUGGAGGACAAGAAAUCGAAGGUCCUCAUCUUCACCGGUACAAAACGAGUUGCCGAUGACAUCACCCGAUUCCUCCGUCAAGAUGGUUGGCCAGCGCUUUCUAUUCACGGUGACAAGCAACAAAGCGAGCGUGACUGGGUAUUGAAUGAAUUUAAGAGUGGCAAGAGCCCGAUCAUGGUGGCUACUGAUGUAGCUUCGCGUGGUAUUGAUGUUCGCGAUAUCACUCAUGUGCUCAACCAUGAUUAUCCGAAUAACUCGGAAGAUUAUGUUCACCGUAUCGGCCGUACUGGCCGUGCUGGUGCCAAUGGUACUGCCAUUACAAUGUUCACCACUGAGAAUGCUAAACAAGCCCGUGACUUGGUUAAGAUUCUCACAGAAUCUAAGCAGCAAAUUGAUCCCCGUCUUGCUGAAAUGGCUCGCUACGGCGGUGGCGGUGGCGGCGGCCGUUACGGCGGCCGUGGCCGUGGCCGUGGUGGUUUCACUGCUUCCAACUCUGCUCCCCUUGAAACCAUCGAAGAUGGCAUUACAUCAAUGAUCCCAAGUCUUUUCCGUGACCGUUAA